AUGUGUCCCACAUUCACACCGCAACUGUUAGCGAGCGCAAUAGUGUACGUUCCCGACGGCAAACGCAAAUUCGUAAGAUGUCGCGCCCUAUUAGACACAUGCGCGACGGCAAAUUUUAUUUCCGAUUCCGUCGUUAAACGAUUAGGCGUACGUUCGAUACCGCAGUCGAUUCCGGUCGGCGCGAUUAAUGCUAUGAGUUCGAUUUCCCAAGGUACAGUGCAAAUCACAAUUCACUCGACACAAAAUAGCUUUUCCAGGAAACUAACGUGUCUCACAUUACCGACUAUCGCGGACUUAGUUCCUUCCGAGACAUUUCCACGAGACACGAUCAAGUUUCCGACAAACGUUAAACUAGCGGAUCCGGAAUUCCAUUUGCCGCGGCCUAUAGACAUAUUAAUUGGCGCCGGGACUACAUUUUCGUUGUUCUCCGUCGGUCAAAUCAAUCUGUCUAAUGACGGACACGAUUUAUAUUUACAAAAGACCCGAUUAGGCUGGGUCAUUGCUGGUAGCUCCGCGAAGCAAAAUAUUAUCAAAGAAGCAUCAUGUUGCUUAACGAGCUUAGAAUCACAAUUGGCCAAAUUUUGGACAAUAGAAGAAAGCGUAAUUAACAAAAUUAAAUCAGAAGAGGAGAACAAUUGUGAAGCGCAUUUCGUUAAGAAUGUAACCCGCAAUAGCGAAGGACGAUACAUGGUGCGUUUACCAUUCCGUUGUACGGGCGCUCAGACGGGCGAUUCGCGAAAUAUCGCGAUCAAACGUUUGCUCGCGCUAGAGCGCAAACUCGAACAAGACACUACGCUGAACUUAGAAUACACCCGCGUUAUAGAAGAAUACAAGACUUUAGGGCACAUGUCGCUAGUAACUCAUCCGCCUCUCGACGGGUUUUACAUGCCUCAUCACGCGGUAAUAAAACAGGCCAGUAAUACAACUAAAGUACGAAUUGUGUUCGACGCGUCGGCAAAAUCUGCGAACGGCGUAUCUGUAAAUGAUCUCUUGAUGGUGGGGCCCACGAUUCAAGAAAAAUUGUUUUCCCAUUUAAUAAGAUUCCGCACCUACCAUUACGUUAUUAUCGGUGAUAUAGAGAAAAUGUAUAGACAGGUGCAGAUACACGAGGAUGAUCGUAGAUUUCAACUGAUUCUUUGGCGAGAACACGGCGAAAUCAGAACCUAUCAGUUGAACACGCUUACCUUCGGAGUGUCGUCGUCGCCAUUUCUCGCGAUCCGCACGUUGCAACAGCUCGCGGAUGACGACGGUCAUUUACAUCCGAAGGCGGCUGAAGUACUUAGGCGUCAUCUAUAUGUCGACGAUCUAUUGACGGGCGCUAACUCGGUAAAGGAGGUUCGUUAUGUCCGGGACGAAAUAAUCGCACUUCUAGGGCGCGGAGGGUUCUCUAUAAGGCAAUGGGCCUCGAACGACACACGCAUAAUCCAAGAUUUACCAAACAAUACUCUACACGCGAAUUAUAUGCUCGGUGAAGAUCAAUCUUUAAAAACGCUCG